AUGGCAGACCCUUUAUCCAUUGGGGCGAGUGUCUUGGCUUUCAUUGGCCUGGCAGAUCGCAUCAUCCGCCUCAGCAAGUUUUGCAUCGACGGGCUCAAAGAUGCGCCCAGCGACAUUCGCAUGAUCCAUGGCGAGGUAUCAUCCCUCAGGGCAAUCAUUGACGUUCUGGCCGAAUCAAAAGCUCCAUCAUUUUUGGAAAACAACGCCGCUCUCCUCAGCUGCCAUCGUUGUCUCUCCGACCUGGAAACUCUGCUUCCCACCGAUGUGGGUGUUGGCCUUCCCCGCCGCCGCCUUACCAUUGCAGAGCUCGCUUGGCCCUUGAAGCAAUCAAAGGCUAGGAAGACUCUGGUUGAGCUCUCGCAACACAAGGCUACCCUCCUCCUGAUUAUAUCAGGUGAUGUACUGCAUGAGUUGCGCGCCAUCAAGACAACGCUGCACGAGAUUCAAAAUAAUGUCACUGAAUCCGAGCGUCGUAGCAUUCAGACUUGGCUGGAGCAGACGAAUCCGUCACGGCUUCACAAUGCUGCCAUCAGUAAACACGAACCAGAGACAUGCGCAUGGCUGACACGCUCUGAUGGAUGGAGAUUGUGGACGUCCUCGACAUCUGCUUAUCGAAUGCUCUGGAUUUACGGAAUACCUGGUGCUGGCAAGACGGUAUUGGCCUCCUUUGCCAUCGAAAAGAUCAGGCUCCUUUGCGAAGGUGCCACCAACUACGUUUACGCUUAUUACUAUUGUCAUUACUACAACGCCCAAGACGAGGCUAUACCGCUACUGAGAUGGGUAGUCGCCCAGGUUUCUCGACAACUCGGCUGGGCUCCUGUCGAGCUCAAACGCCUCCAUGACAGAGGUUGUGAGCCAACCGUCCCAGAGCUACAACACAUUCUUGAACUUGCCCUGGCACGACUGGAACGGUUAUUCAUUAUUGUCGAUGCAGUUGAUGAAAGCAUGCCGAGGGACGAGAUAAUACGUCUACUUGCGACAAUAUCUCUCGACGCCCGAUUCUACAAAGUCCGCAUCCUUGCAACGAGUCGCCACUACGGUGACAUCGAGCGCUUCUUUUCGGCCGUAUCAUCAUCCAUCUCCAUGAAAAACCCGUAUGUCGAUUCCGAUAUUCAACGUCACAUUCGUGCAAGGUUUCAGUCUAGCAUGCGCCUUCGGCGAUGGCAGAACUCUUUCCAAGCAAUCGAGGAGGCAUUGGUGUCGGGAGCAAACGGCAUGUUUCGCUGGGUGGACUGUCAACUGCACAGCAUUGAGCGUCUUGGGGACAAGACAAAACUCGCAUCCGUCUUGCAAGAUCUUCCUCGUGACCUGACCGAGUCGUACAUCAGGAUAUUCGAGGCCAUCCCCGAGGUCGACCAGCCGUUUAUAAAACGGAUCCUUCUGUGGGUAUAUGGGGACUCCAGGACACAUUGGGAUGGUCGAGGUAUCAAUGGAAAGCUGUUACUAGAGGCAGUUUCCUUCGACCUGUACGGCAUCAAGGACAAUGCCUUCGAUUGGGCGUACCUGCAAGAUCUUUGUGGCUGCCUCAUAGCAGUGAGGAACGAACUUUCGAACCCAGGGGUUACUGAUGGUGAUGACAGUUUCGAUGACGGGGCCAGUUGCUGGGUCACCCUUGCACAUUACACUGUCUGGGAGUUCCUCAGUUCCUACCACAUCCUGUCGACGCCUGUUUCAGCAUUUGCAACAUCUACCGAAGUUGCUGAGCGGCAGUAUGCGGUCAGCAUCCUUCGCAACGCCCUGGCAGCGCGUCCCGAAGACCCAGGAACACAUUGGCGGCGCGACCGCGAGGCGUAUUGUCUAGUUGUGGGAUGCAUGUUCUUGGGCUCACCAGGGCUCCAAACCUCCGAGGACCUAGACCUGUUCUAUCACUUCAUAAACCCUCAGAACCCUCAUUACCGCCGAUUUGGCCCGAUACAGGCACGUGCGCUGCGCGGCGAGGAAGAUUUCUCUUCUCACUGCUUUUUUAUUCUGGCAAUUCCUAGCCAGUUUCGAGUUCCUGAACAAGCCUUCGAAAGGGAGAAUAACGCAGAAGUGGUUCUGAAUGCCCACCUACUUAAGAAUUGGCUUUAUGUGGGCGCUGGGCGCUCCCUAGAGCUUCCAGCUAUUGGUCGCUUGUCGCAAGAUGAAGUUUGGGAGCUAGGAAAACACCAGGUUGCCGGUCACUUCAUUAGACUGAAUAAGUCAGGAGAAGUACAAGAAAUCGGUUUCGAUGGGAGGGUCUGGGAUAUUACGUCUCCGCCAACUCGAAGAUUACGUGCCUCGUCGCUCGAUCCCAGAGCCGGAUCGCCAGCCCUGGUUCCGUAA